AUGAAAACACAAGUUGAACUGAAAAACAGGCUUUUUACUAUUCGAGUUGUUCAAGAAAAUAAAUAUAACAAUUUAUUACUGGGGUUUUUAUGCGAAUCUUUGUUAGAGUCUAAUAAGGAAAUUGAAAAUGACCCUACAAGUGCUAUAUCAAAAUUAUACAAAAAAAUAUUUCAAACUGAAAUGAGUUUUUCUGAAAACUUUGAUGAUGG